CAUGAGGCACAUUUGUAUGCCUUUAAUCUGUGCUGUUGUUUCUAAAGAUCUGACCGCAGGUUUCAGGAAGUCUUGAGGCUUGAACACAGUCUGUGUCUUUACCUGUCUGUCAUCAUUUAGUCAGUAUGGAGCUCAGUCAACUUCCUCUUGUGCUCUUUCUGAUUUCAAACAUCCACUCUGAACAAACUGAAGAAAGACCAAAAGCCAAAGUGAGCAUUAAACCUGAUCAACAUGUAUUCAGAGGAGAGAAGGUCACUCUCAGAUGUGACAUUGAUGGUGAAGGAGUCACUAGCUGGAAGUACAGCUGGUAUAAAGACGGUUCAGUCAGUGUUUUCAGUGAACUACAGGAACACACAUUCAGUUCUGUUACUGAGUCUGAUGCAGGUAAAUACUCCUGUUAUGGAGCAGAGAGAGAAGGAUCACGCAGCUCACAACACAGUGAUGCAGUUGCACUGACAGUAUCAGAUAGACCCAGAGCAGUUUUAAGUGGUUCUCCACAGAAGUGGUUGACUGAAGGAGAUCCAGUGACUCUGAUCUGUGAGGUUAAAGACUCCUCUACAGGCUGGACAUUCAGCUGGUGCACUGUUUCAUCACAAUUUUCUAUCUUGCACAUAAUGGUGUUGGUUCUCUGCAUUGUUUCUGCAUUUGGAGCUCUACUUCUGUUAUGCUGUCUGAUCUACUGCCCAUCAAAUAACACAGGUGUGUUUAUAAGAAGAGCCAUAUUUCCAUACUUUAUAUUUCCUGUAAUAAAUUCUGCAUGUGGUACUGUAAGUGUCUUGCUCAUUGCUUGCACAGCUUGCUCAAGCAGAACAAACUUCUGGACAAGUCAGGUUUCACUUGUCUUUUGUCCAAACAUCUGCAUGUUUUUUGCCUUCAUCUUCUGGGGUUUUACUAAAGGAUUUGAUAGUGAGAUAAUCACUUGCUGUGCUCUUUAUAUUCUGAGACCUGUUAUGUAUCUUACAGUUUUUUAUGUCCAUGAAAAGAGUGCACGUUUUAGGAACAUGACACAUCUAUUUCUUGGAAUAUGCUUUGGAUGUGUUGUGGUCUUCUGUCUAAAACUGUGUAGAGGAUUUAGUUGGAUGCAGUUUAAUUGGAUCUCUUCAUUUUUUCUAUCUUUGGCACAAUUUGUCGAACAAAUUUCCUCAUGUGGCCUUCUCAGAUCAGUGCAUCCCUCUCAUAUGAUCAUGUACAUGUCUGGAGCAGUUGGUCUUGUUUUGUUGAACUCUGGGCUACUGACAGCAGAACUCUUUUUGGAAACAUGGAACGGGGAGCGUAUCAUUAAGGAUCUAAGAAUCAUUGUCUUCCCCUGUGAAUGUGUUUUGGCUUUAUAUUGGAUAAUUAACUUCCGUUCUUUCUAAGUAUCUUAUAAUAUCUUUUUAAUGGAGACUCAGCUUUUUUUUUUUUUUUUUUUUUUUUGCUAAAUAUUUUGACAUUCUAAAUAUUACAAUAAGGUAACAUGGCAUUUAAUUUUUUCUCUCUCUCUUUCUUAUGCAUCCUGUCAUAUAGUGAAGAUUAGGCCUGAGUAAUUUCCAUUUUUUAUUCUUUACAGCUGUUAUUCUCUAGAUAAAAACUGUGUAGACUGAUAGUUGAUGAAAACGUACUUGCGGGAACUUUUUCAGUAACUACAAAUCACUGCAGUUUCCAACAGAAAUGAACACUAAAGGUGGUAAAACAGUGAGCACUUGUAAUCGUUUAUGAUUAUAGCUCCAUAUGUUUGGCUUUUCAGCCAUAAUAAGCUUGCUUGGUAGCUCAGCCAGCAGAGAACUGGACUUAGGAUGCAGAAUCCUUGGUUCCAAACCCUGUCAAACACAUGACUCACGAUGAAAAAGCUGAAAGAUGAGAGAUCAAAAAACAAGCUAAAACGGCAUGCUAGUGAUUGCGUUUUUACGGCACAUUCGCUUUUGUUUAUACUCAGCAGCGUCGGACUGGGGGUAAAACCAGUACUGAUUACCAGGGCCCCAAAGGAAGAGAGGGCCCUUGAAAAGUCUGGAAUAUAUUUUAUUUUACCUGGAUAUUUUCGGUGGGGG